AUGGCAUUAAAACCCCCAGGUAUGUGUUGCCUCAACAUUUCUGUCCCAGAGGUCGCCUGUAGCACUGGGAGACAAAUCACUGGUACAGAGAAAAUGGCUGCAUUGUUGGAUAGGUAUUUGAGUGUGCACAGAAUAUUGUACGUGUUCAUUGCUGUCAUUGGAGUUCCUGUGAAUUUAGUAGCGAUUGCGAUCCUCUCUCGUGGAAAGUGCGGCCUCUCUACCUGCACCACUCGCUACCUGGUGGCCAUGGCAGCGGCGGAUCUACUGACCAUUGUCACCCAGGUAAUUUUGAAUCAAAUCAAUUUGUAUUACUUCCCGUGGAGUUUUCUGAGCAUCACCCCAGUGUGCAGUGUUAUUGAUACAGUGAGAUACACAGCCACAGACUGUUCUGUCUGGUUCACCGUUACUUUCACCAUUGAUCGGUUUGUCGCCAUUUGCUGCCAGAAGCUGAAAAUAAAAUACUGCACCGGGAAAACCGCGACUGUGUUUCUAACAAUAACCGGCGUACUGUUCUGCCUGAAAAAUAUUCCCCGAUAUUUCACAUGGGAGCCCAAGGAGAUCAUCGAGAGUGUACCGUGGUUUUGUAAACUCAUGGACAAUGUUUUCACUGACCCCGGGUGGGUGGCAUAUGACUGGGUCGACUCGGUUUUAUCACCGUUCCUGCCUUUCGCUGGGAUCUUGCUGCUCAACGCUCUGACAUUCAGACACAUUUUAGUCUCCAGUCGGGUCCGCAAGGGGCUGAAGGGUCAGAGCAAGGGGGAGAACCGCAGUGACCCGGAGAUGGAGAGCAGGAGGAGGUCUGUGGUUUUACUCUUCACCCUCUCCGGCAACUUCAUCCUCCUGUGGCUAACACUGGUUGUAAAGUUCAUAUAUUAUCAGGUCUCAGGAAAAGGAUUCGAUUUCAAUGAUUCUGAAUGGAUAUUUCACUAUAUCGGGGUUUUACUGAGGGAUUUCAGCUGCUGCACGAAUACAUUUAUUUACGCGGUGACUCAGUCGAAAUUUAGGGAGCAGAUGAUCAGCGCGGUGAAAUAUCCGUUCACCUCGUUACUUCAGUACAUUAAAAGAAAACGCGUUCUGAGCACAAGCCAGAGGCGGCCGGCGUGUCUCUAG